AUGUCAAUGCGCAAAAGCAAUAGUUAUUGCGAGGAUAAUGAAAUCAAUAGUAGUAGCGUUGCUAGUAGUGGAAGUGGAAGCGAUAUCUGCAAGUCUAUUAGCCAUGCACUGAAGAAAAACAAGUGUGUAGUGGUGAUUGAAAGAAAUGACGAGGUGAUAAGAGAAGCAAAAAGACAAAGAACAAAGAAUACUAUGAUGGGAAAUAAUAAUUUAAUCUAUAACUCCAAUAAUGCUAACGAUGAUAAAAAUAAUCAUUCUAUCAAAGAAUAUGGAUUUUCUUCGAAAAAUUUUGCUGAUAAAAACCUAUCAUCAUCAAUAAACAAUUCAUCAUUGAUAACAUCAUCUAUUACCACAAAAACAAAAUCACCAAAUAUUGAGGAGGGACAAUUUGAUAUUUUGUCAUUGGUGCCAACAAACGUUAUUCCAUGUAUUAAUCUUAAUGAUUUAGCAUUUAAAAAUGGAGUUAUGGAUGAAAGGCGUAAAUGUAUUAAAAGAUCAAAGAUUUUUCCGUUAUCAAGAUGA